AUUGCUGUUCCGUUUCUUGCUGGCCCCGCCUUCUUCUCUAUAGGGUGUGUGGCAUCGCAGUCGGCUUUGUUCAGUUGAGGAAGAAAAUUAUCCGAUGGCGGAUCCCUUUGUUACUUUCGUGAGAGCGUUUAUUUAGAAAUGUACAUUCUCUUUCUACACCAUCACGGAACAUCAGUGAGUAGGGACUAUGGCGCGGAAACAUAUCUGGAUUUCUGUGAUAUUUGCCUUGUGGAAUAUGGUUUGCGGGCAGACUGUGUAUUCGGUUUCGGAGGAGACGAACACUGGCACGGCGGUGGGAAAUCUGGCAAAGGAUUUAAAUCUGGAUGUGAGUGAACUAGAGUCUCGUGGAUUUGAAAUAGUGGCUGGUCCUAACAAGAAAUAUUUCGACGUGAGUGUGAAAAGUGGAGUUCUACAUGUCAAAGACAGAAUCGACAGGGAAGGGCUUUGUGGACGAGGCUCAAAAUGCUCACUGGAGCUGGAAGCCAUUCUUAACUCACCACUGAACAUGUAUCGCUUUGAGGUAAACAUUUUAGACAUUAAUGAUAACGCACCUACUUUCCGCUCACCAUCUUUUUCCAUAAACAUUUCAGAGUCCACAUCCCCAGGGCAGGGCUUUACAUUGCCCGGUGCCUACGAUGCUGACGUGGGUACUAACUCGGUCAAAACGUACAAGCUGAGCCCGAAUGAGUACUUCUCUUUAGAUGUGCAGAGUGGAGGAGGGGAUAGUGUAUCCGCUGAGCUUAUGCUACAGAAAGCACUAGACCGAGAAAAACAAGCCGUGGUAAAACUCACAUUAACUGCCAUAGAUGGCGGAAAGCCUGCCAAAUCAGGUUCAAUAAAUAUAGUCGUGAAUGUUGUUGACGCAAAUGACAACCGACCUAUUUUCAGUCGACAACUCUAUAAGGCGAAAAUAACUGAAAAUGCGCCUACUGGCACAUCAGUGAUUACUGUUCAUGCCACAGAUUUAGACGAGGGUUUGAAUGGUGAGAUUGUGUACUCGUUCAUUAAUCACGACGAGGACAACAACAUAGAUAUCUUUGAAAUAAAUCCCUCAACCGGCGAAAUCAAAGUAAAUGGUGCAGUAGAUUUUGAGAAAAGUAAUGCCAUUGAAAUUCGCGUUAAGGCAGAAGAUAAAGGUUCCAGUCCUAGAAUAUCGCAUUGCAAAGUUCUGGUAGAAAUAAUAGACAUUAAUGAUAAUGCACCAGUCAUAUCUAUCACGUCUUUGGCUGACCAAGUAAAAGAGGAUGCCAAACCAGACACAAUGGUCGGUCUGAUCACAGUCGUAGAUGGCGAUGCAGGGCAAAACGGAGCUGUAAAACUGUCUCUGUUAAGUCCUGUCCCAUUUAAGAUACAAAACACUUACAAAAACAAAUAUGCCCUAGUUGUAGAUGGCCCGCUAGACAGAGAGCAAGUAUCGCAGUAUGACAUAAACGUACAGGCUACAGAUGAGGGCAGUCCAGCUCUCUCCAGUACCAGCCGUAUUACUGUUCACGUUUCAGAUGUAAACGACAAUGCCCCUCGUUUUCCAGAGCCUGUUAUUAAUGUUUACGUCAAAGAAAACAGUGACGUCGGUGCUGUGAUUACUACAGUGUCUGCCUUUGAUCCGGACAUGAAUGACAAUGCCAAAAUUAGUUAUACGUUUUUGGAAGGCUCCGACAAAAGCUUUCCCGCAUCGUCUGUUGUGAAUAUUAAUUCAGACAGUGGUGAGAUUUAUGCCCUCCGGUCAUUCAAUUUUGAGGAAUUAAAAUCAUUUACUUUUAAAGUUCAGGCCACAGACUCUGGUUCACCACAGCUAAGUAGCAACGUCACAGUGAAUGUAUUUGUUCUGGAUGAGAAUGACAACAGUCCCGUUGUCCUGCCGCCGUAUUCGGACCAUGGCCCAGCAAACACGGAGAACGUGCCGUAUUCUGCUGACGCCGGCUACUUUGUGGCCAAAAUCAGGGCUGUGGACGCAGACUCUGGAUAUAACGCGCUGCUUUCUUACCACAUCUCUGAACCCAAAGGAAAUAAUCUCUUCCGAAUCGGAACAAGCAGUGGUGAGAUCAGGACUAAGAGGAGGAUGAGCGAUAGUGAUCUCAAAACUCACCCUCUGGUCAUUUUGGUAUCUGAUCAUGGUGAGCCCUCUCUGUCUGCUACUGUAUCUAUUGAUGUCGUUGUUAUGGAAAACGCAGAUGAACUGAAGACUCAAUUCAGACACGUUCCUGUUAAGGACGAGACUUUCUCUGAUUUGAAUCUGUAUUUGUUGGUCGCCAUUGCAGCUGUAUCUGUGAUUUUUCUGCUGAGUCUAAUCAGCUUGAUAGCUGUGAAGUGUCAUAAAUCAGACAGCAGUCUCACUGGCUACAACCCCCCAAUGAUCACCACACAUCCUGAUGGAACCUGGUCUUACUCCAAAUCUACUCAGCAGUAUGACGUCUGCUUUAGCUCAGACACACUCAAGAGUGACAUGGUAGUUUUCCCUGCGCCAUUUCCGCCUGCUGAUGCGGAACUAAUCAGCAUCAACGGAGGAGACACGUUUAACAGGACACAAACACUGCCUAAUAAAGAAAAGCCUGGUGGAUAA